AUGGCUCCUGCUGCUGCUCAUGCGGCCGAGGGCAUCAUAUCGCCCAUCGAUGUGAAAUCCAUUCCACCAUUCUGGCGUCGGAAAAAUGGCAUACUGCUAUAUUUCCUCCUCACGUCGUCUCUUUUUGCCAGCGCUGCGCUUGGUAUUGAUGGUUCCAUGACAAAUGGAAUGCAGGUCUUGAACUCAUGGCAAGACAGAUUUGGACACCCUGAAGGCGCAAAGCUUGGAUUCUUUGGAGCUUCCAACGCCAUUGGCGGCGUUAUCCCAUUCAUUUUCUUGAGUUGGAUUAGUGACAAAUGGGGCCGCCGUCUUCCCACCGCGCUCGGCUCGAUUAUAAUCAUUACUGGCGUUCUUAUUGAGCUAUUUGCUACCUCUCUGAACAUGUACAUCGGCGGAAAGAUAAUCCUUGGAGUGGGAUCAUCAUUGAUUCAAAUGGGCGCUCCGGUCUUGGUCACUGAGCUAUCUCACCCCAAAGAGCGUGUCCAAAUCACGACCUUUUACAACACGUCCAUCGUUCUCGGUUACGUUAUCGGUGCGUGGGCGACAUUCGGAUGUUUCAGGAUCAACAGCCAGUGGUCAUGGAGGCUCCCGACUCUAAUUCAAAUCAUUCCAUCCGCUUACCAGUUCUGUCUCAUCUGGUUCUGUCCUGAGUCGCCACGCUGGUUGAUUGCAAAUGGCCGCACCGAAGAAGCACGCGAAAUUUUGAUCAAAUAUCACGGCGAAUGCAAUCCGAACUCCGAGUUAGUGGAGAUCGAAUACGCUGAGAUCCAACAGGCAAUUUCCAAGGAAGCAGAGGAAAACAUGACCUGGCAGGCAUUCUUUUCUUCAAAGGCCAAUCUGAAGCGCAUUUUCCUUUGCUUCUGCACAGCCUUGUUCAGUCAGAGCUCUGGUAACCUGUUGGUAUCAAACUAUCUCACGCAAAUUCUGAAAGAUACUGGCCUCAAGACCGAAUACGAGAUUACACUUGUCAACGGAAUGGUCACUCUUUGGCAGUAUAUCGUCGCCAUUUUUGUCACUCUUGUCAUUGACCGCUUUCGUCGCCGCUUCUUCUUCCUCACGGGAUCAGGCGGUGUUCUUGUCACGUUUAUUGUCUGGACAAUCGCGGCUCAACAGUACCUCGAAAAAGGCUCCCUGGCUGCCGGAAGGCUCGUUAUAGCUUGCAUCUUCGUCUUCCAAUGCUUCUACACGCUAGGUUGGACGAAUUUAAUCGUUACUUACCCUCUGGAGCUGGUUCCAACUAAAAUGAGAGCCAAGACCUGGGCCUUUGUCCUGCUGACGAUCCAAGUGGCCUCCAUCUUUGGAAGUUAUGUCAACCCUAUUGCAUUGAAGAAUAUUGGGUGGAAAUUCUACAUCUACUACUGUGUCUGGGUGUUUAUCGUCUUCCUAAUUGUCUAUUUCUGCUUUUCGGAGACUUCUGGGUUAUCAUUGGAGGAGGUCGCCUGGAUCUUUGACUCAGAGGAUAGGAAAAAGGAAAUGGUGCACAAGAUUCAGGAAACAAAGGAGCAAGUCACGGAGCACGUGGAAGAGAAACUUGCAUGA